UGACUCCGAAUUGUUAUCACAACAAUUUUGAAUCGUGUCAAAAUUUUGAAAAUAUUUCAAGUUAAAUUGCUUAAUAAUUUUGUGAAAUGAAAUGAAUAGCUGAUGGUGAUUGUCAACAGUGUGAAGAAAAAUAUGCUGUCCUUUUCUCCGCCACAAUCAUCGUAAUUCGGAUGCCGUUGAUAUUCGAAAAAGUGAAAUACAACAUCACAACAGCCAAGUAAAAAUACAGCUUUAUUGCUCGAACAAAAUGAAUUUAGACAGAGCUGAUGCAGUUGAUACACUAAUGCAUUUAUCAAUCGAAACGCGAGAAUUGAUCGAAAAUUGUGAAAAAGCAACCGAAGAAACGAAACUUUACAAAUCCAAAAGUGAAAUCUUGGAAGAGGAAGUGCGUCGAAUCAGCCAAGAAAAUGAAACGCUUAAACGAGAAAAUCAAAAUCUGCGCGAUAAAUUGAAAAAAAAUUCAUCCGAUGGAGAAUGCUGGAUAUCCAUUGUGAAAAAUGCCAAUCAAGAGCUGAAUAACGUGACUCCCAAAGUAUCUCAAAUUUUCGAAAAACUACGCACUCGUGAAAAUGCUCAAAUCCAGUUAGAGCGGGAGCUCUUCGCAUUGAAAGAAGAAAACGCCAAACUGCUAGUCGUCAUUGAAGAGAAGAAUGAACUGGCUGGUAAACAAAACGCUGAUUUUCUUAAUAUCCAGAAAAUGGUGAACGAUUACCAAUUGGAAGUUGCCAGACUUGACACCGAAUUGAGACAUUGUCAUUCUCGCGUUUCGACUCUGAAUGAGAAUCUCGAGUUGAUAAAUGCUGAAAAUUUAGAUCUAGCUGAGUACACAAACUUUAAAUGUUUAUUGAAAAAAUUCGGAGCCAAUGAGGAUGUAAACGAAGUAUUCGUUAAAUUACAAUCUUUGUACGAAAUAGAAGAGUUAUUCGAUAAAAAACUAUCACCUCAUAUUAGUACACUGACUAGCGAUCAAACAGUGAGUAAUUUAAUCGAAUGCGACCAAAAUUCAAACAUCGUCACCAAAGUGAAAAAUUAUCUCGAAAAAGCUUUGAACGUGAUAGAAAAAUUAAACGAGAAUCACAUCCGCUCGAGUAACGAAUACGAGACUGUAAUUCAAACCAAAGACGACGAGAUAGCCAAGCUCAAAGAGCUCUCCUGUCAUUUAGGUUUAUACAACGAAAUCAUGGAGAAAACUUUGAAACAAUGUCGCGACAAUGCUAAAAUGGAUAGAUUCGUUGAAGAAAGAACGAGCCGACUGAUCGAUGCUAAUAAAACCCUGCACGAUAAUUUCGAACAGCUCACACGUAUUUACAAAUAUUGUUAUCGUUACAACGACCAACUAUUCGCUAAAUUCAAUCAGCUACGUUCUUGGUAUAGGAUUUUGAAAAUUCGAGUUAAUAAAAUCACAUCCGUUAGCGACUCCAAUGCAGAAUCAUCAGCUCAAACCUUGCCACCAUUGAGCGAUUUCUUCGAAAUGAUGGACGAAUUAUUCGGCGAAAUAGACGUAAAAAGGGUAGAUUUCGAUAAGCAAACCGAAGAUUCGAAUCAGAUAUUUGAAAACUACGAAGCCAGUUUGGCAGCCAAUGACCAUCUGAAAAAUACAGUCGAUAAUAUGACGAUGGAAGUGAAACGAUUGACUUGUCAAGUUGAACAACAGAUGAGUGAAAAAAUACGUGAAAUUGAAUCGUUGAAAAGCGAGGUGGAUUCGGUCAAGACUGAUAAUCAUCAACUAGCGAACAAAAUCAAGAACUGUAACAACGAAAUUAUCUUGCUUUCGACCGAAAACUACGAUUUGAACGAAAAAUUAUCCAUAGUUUCUCGAAUUGAAAACGACUACGAAGCAUUGAAAAGCGAAUUACAGUCAACCAAGGGUAAACUCGACCAGCGUGAAAAUCAUCCCAGUACAGCCAUCGCUAACGUAGAUAAAGUCUUCCAGUUGCGUGACUCUUGCGCCGAAUUGAAGCGAAAAAACGUCGACUUGAAGGAAGACGUAUCCAGUUUUACCAGUACUUUCGACGUUCUGUUACAACGAACUGUUCAACUGGUCAAUAGUACAAACGCUUCCAAUUCCAAUGAUCUAAACAAGCAAAAACGCAGGACUGCAGAUUUGAACGCUCUGCAAAUCAAGUGUUCGCAAUUCAAACAUGAAAAUCAGAAUUUAAAACUCACUGUGGAAAGUAUUCGUCGACAAAUGCACGACGAAAUUUCAUCGAUGCAGAAUAACUUGCACAAUGCGCUCGUUUCUUCAACUCAAGAUAACGUACAACCUUCUAAUAUCGUUGGCUUGUUGAACAGUUGUCGAGAUUUGAAACAGUUCAAUCAACAAAUCAAAAAUGAGGAUUUCUUUUCGUCUGCGAUCGAUAUGGUCGAAAAUGCUAAAGGCACCUUAUCGAAUAAAUUAGAGAAAGUAUCCCAAGACUUGAACCAUCUGCAAAGUAAUUUGAAUGCAACCGUUGAUGCUAAAAACCAAUACAAAGAAUCUGUUUGCGUACAUUUGCAAAGUAUUUCGAAAAUCGUGCAAGACUUGAGAGCAUUGCGUGAAGUACUUUCCAACUUGGUCAAAACGCUGGUUGCAGACUUUGCUCAAUUUAAUUCUACGAUGAGACGAAAUAUUCAAGAAGCGAUUGCAAAUACUUUUGAUAACGUAAAGCAAUCCAUCGCGUUGAGCAACGAAGAAGUAAUCAAAGAAAUGCAAGAAGUAAAUUCGGAACUGAAAAAUCGCAGCGAAACUAUUUUCGUAUUAAAUCAACAGAUAGACGAAUUAAAAAAAGAGAACGUUAACUUAUCACAAUCGUUAGCUGAGCGAGAAAAACUGGUAAACAAUUUGAACGAUCAAGUUUCUGACCAGCAAGCUGUGAUUACCGAAAGUGAAUUGCGAAUAAAUUCCAUCAACGAUGAAAUCAAGAAGAGAAAUGACGAACUGUCCGGUCUAACGGAAAUUUUGGAAAAUACGAAAGCCUUGCUACGAUCUAAAGACGAAACUAUUUCAGCUUUGGAGAAUGAAAUAUCUAAAUCCAAAGAUAACCAAGCAGCCGAUGGAGACGUUUCAAGUAUGGGAAAUAUCAGUCGAACCGAAGAAGUUUCUCGCUUACGUGACGUUGAAGAUAGUUUUGAAGAACGUUAUAUGAAGUUACGUUGUAUUGCUGUGAAAAUGAAGAAAAACAUCGCCGAUUUAAAUCAGCAAUUGAAAAACGAAAAAACCCAAUGCAACGCAAUUCAGAGUAAACUUAACGUCGCCAUUGAACAAGCAAUGAGAAAUCAGGCCUUACAAGAAGAAUGUGAUCGAAUAACCGAUGAAUUGGAACUGAAAACGAAAGAAAUAACCGAGCUGAAAAAAAUUAUAGUCGAAGCGGAUAAAAAAGGCGAAAAAGCUGAAUCCUCAUCUAAACAAUGCGAAAUUUUAUCUACACAAAAAAAUGAUCUCGAAAUGGAAAUGAAAGCCCUGAAUUCGAUGGUAGACCAAUUGAAGAAAGAAAAAUUUGCCGAAGAAACUAUGAAAAAAGAAAUGGAAAAAGAAGUGCAAAAAUUGAAGCAAAAAGUCAAAGAAAACGAAGAUUCGCUGAAAAAAACUCAAAAUGAUUUAGAGCAAGCUAACUUGGAAGUGAGAAAACGUGGUACACUAACAUUGGAGAUGCGAGAUUACGAAAAAACGAUUUCUGAUUUGAACGAAAAAUUGAAAUCGAAAAAUGCAACGGUUGAUGAGUUGAAUGAAAAAGUGAAAUCGUGCGCUGAAUCUAAUGUAUCUUUGGUCGAACGUAUAAAAGGAUUAGAAGAACAGAUUUCUUCAUUCGGAGCUAGCAGCAAAGUAGCAGAUGAGCAAAUAUUAAAUUUGAAUAGAAUAAUAUCAACGCAGGAAAAGGAUUUAGAAACGAAGAAUAAUACGUUGAAACAAUUGAAACAGAACGUGGAAGAAGAAAAAUCACAAAAUGAAAGCCUUACCCUUCAAUUAGCCGAAUUGACCGUUGAAACGAAUUCGUUAAAAGAACGUUUGAAAAGUAUUCAAGAAUCUUCCAACAUUCAACUGAAAGUAUCGCAGAGUAAGAUGAAAAUUCUAGAAGAACAUCUAAAGAAAAAAGAAAGCGAAUUCGAGAAACUGAAAGAAGAUUUCGAAGCUUACAAAAUACGCGCUCAUAAUGUACUUCAAAAACACAAAAAUGAAAAUAACUCGAAUAAUAACGAAGGAAAGCUUGAAACUAAAAUCAAAGAUUUGAGCCAGACUGUAAAAGAGCUGAGGAAACGUUUGGAUGAUACGCUUGUGGAUUUGGACAAUCAUAAAACAGAAAUGAAAUUACUCGAAGCUUCCAAAGAAAAACUCCACGUUCGGAUGAAAGAAAUACAAGAAGGUUUCGUUGAAAAAACCAAAGAACUUGACAAUACCAACGUAGAAUUCAAAUCGUACAAAUUGCAGAACGAAACCUUGAUGAAAUGUUAUAAAAAUGAAAUCGAACGUUGGCAAAGUUCUUGUCAACAACUCGAAGCGCAGUUGGAAGAAGAAAAAUCCGCCAAAGAACGUGAAAUUGCAGACGAGCGAAAGAAAAGUGUUACAACUCUUGAUGAAAAAAAAGACGACGACGUUUCACCUGAAAAACUUGAUCAUCGGAAACAUUCCAAAAAUGAAAAACCGUUACCGGCCAAUCACGAAGAAAAAGUACGCAAGAAAAGUCAAAAUCAUGAAUUGAUGUCACUAGAAAAACUACUAAAAACCGAUAUAACCGAAGAACAUCCAAGUUCGGAAUCAAAUGCUGCGGUAGAAGACACUGCUGAAUUGAGAAAGAAUAUAGAAAAACUAGAAAGCCAGGUCGCUUACUUGAAUGGAAUAUUGAACGAAUCGGAGAAAAACGCUGCUAAUAGCGAACAACAUGUCGCUUGGUUGAAAGACGUAAAUAAACGAUUACAAAAGACUAUCGACAGAGCUCCGCAUCUACAAAAUGGCGAAUAUUUGAAAAAUGUCGUGUUCAACUUUUUCACGUUUCCUGACGGCGAAGAGAAGUGUAAACUGAUCACCAUUUUGGAAACUUUAUUACAAUUGACACCGGAAGAAAAAAAUAUUCUAUCUGCGAUCGCGAAAGGUGAACGUAGUGAGCAAAAACGUUCCUCCGGAUUUGCUUCGUUUCUGAAAUUCGGAUAAUGAAAAUGAAUAAUUGAUUAUUCAGAUCCUUGUUCGUAUUUUUAAAUUGGUUGCGCUGAACUGGAUCACCUGAAGAUUCUGAUCUCGAUCAUAAGUAUUUGUUUUAAAAAAUGUGGCGUGCUUUAUCGACGUUGCACUCUACUCCUAUAUCGAUACUAAUCGUGAUGUUUUGUUUAAAUAUCAGCAGUAUUGUAUUUAAAUAAACUCGGAGCCGUCGAAGUCGAAUCUUUGAAACCAUUAGAAAAAUAAUCGUGAUUAGUUAUUUUUGUUCCUACAGCGAAAUUAUUGUGCUGUAUAUGUUUAAUACUUAAUCUGUGAUUCUAGUGUAAAAAUGUUUUGUUUGAAUUUCAUUUUUUAUUUUGUCUCGUCCCCUCUUUAAGGGGAAAUAAUAUCUUCGUACCUAUUAUUGUAUCUUUGUUCUUAUUUUUAUUCUUUUUGCUUAUUUGUUAACUACGUGUACCUAGGUAUUUUAUUUUUCAAUUCUUAUUGAAUUAGGUGUACUUCGAUAAUGAAAUAUUUAUGUAGCCUAUAAGUUACCAAAUUUGAAAAACAUAAUUGUCAACAAUUUGAAUAAAGAAAUUAUUAAAACUUG